GGAGCUGAGUAUCGGAAAAGGGGCGUCGCUGGCUGAUAACUACCCGAUCCGGAUCCUCCAGGGGCGGGAGAGGGCCGGUCGGCGGGGAAACCCGGAGGGCCGGAUGCCUUGCCGGAUUGAACCGAGCCACCGCCACCCCACCCCGCCUCCUCUCCCCACUGGAGCCUGAGUCCCGGAUCCGGAUUGGACCUCGACCUGGUGUUGGGGGCCUGGUCGCUCAGGCUUCGGUUACCGUGCAGCGCAGCGCAGCGCAACGCGGCUCGGCUCGGCUCGGCUCGGCUCGGCUCCCCCCCCUCCUCCUCCUCCUCCUCCUCCUCCUCCUCUCCCGGCCUCCACACCGGGCACGGCCGGUCCUCGAGGCCUCGGCUCAGGCCCUCCUGCUUCUCUUCCCCACCUCACACAGACACUCAGGCGGGCCGGGGGUGGGGGGGUGCGGGGGGCGGGGUGCAGCAGCCGAAAUGCUGCGGUCCCUCUGGAGCUUCAUCAAAAGGCACAAGAGGAAAUUCCUCUUCACUGGAGCUUUCCUGGGAGGUGUGUACUUGCUGGGGAAAUAUGCUCAAAAGAAGAUCCGGGAUCUACAGGAGCGAGAAGCGGCUGAGUACAUUGCACAAGCGCGACGGCAGUACCAUUUUGAGAGUAACCAGCGGACCUGUAACAUGACGGUGCUGUCUAUGCUGCCGACCUUGAGGGAAGCAAUCAUGCAGCAGCUGAAUUCAGAGAGUCUCACUGGCAUGCUAAGAAACAGACCUGCCAACAAGUUGGAGAUCUGGGAGGACCUCAGGAUUAUAAGUUUUAGCCGGAGCAUCGUGGCUGUGUAUAGCACCUGCAUGCUGGUGGUCCUCUUACGGGUCCAAUUAAAUAUCAUCGGAGGGUAUAUCUACCUGGAUAAUGCAGCAGUUGGCAAGAAUGGCACUGCCCCACUAGCUCCUCCUGAAGUGCAGCAGCAAUACCUGUCGAGUAUACAGCACCUGCUUGGAGAUGGUUUGAACGAACUGAUUACAGUGGUGAAGAAAGCUGUGCAGAGUGUGAUUGGAAGUGUGUCGCUGAAGCAGUGCGUGUCACUGCAGGAGCUCGAACGGUAUCUGGGUGAAAUCCGGCAGGUGGUAGAGCACCGCGGUCAGCCUGGUGAGCUGGAAACAGGCACCACCGGCUCCCCGCUGUGUUGGUAUUUAAUUCCCAAUGAGGAGAGCACCUUAGCCUCCCAGGCCUGUGGUUUGACAGAGAAAGAUGUAACCACGCUGAAACUUCUAAAUGAAACUAGAGAUAUGCUGGAAAGUCCAGACUUCAACACGGUUUUAAAUUCCUGCCUGAAUCGGGGAUUUAGCCGACUGCUGGACAACAUGGCAGAGUUCUUCAAGCCAACAGAACAGGAAAUGAUUCAAAACGGGAAGAUCAACAGCUUGUCCAACGUUAGACUGCCCCUCGCUAAAAUCAUCCCGAUUAUUAAUGGGCAGAUACAUUCGACCUGCAGUGAUACACCCAGUCAUUUUGUCCAGGACCUGCUGCUGAUGGACCAGGUGAAGGACUUUGCUGCCAAUGUCUACGAAGCAUUCAGCUCCCCUCACCAGCUGGAGAAGUGACCCUCAGCAAGCAGCUGUCAACACAGCGAGGGAUGGCCAGCCAGACCCAGCCUCACCCCUGGCCUGAGAUGACUGGAAGUGCUUCCUCUCAGUCCUGCGACAUUCUGGUGACGCAGGCAGCAGGGCCUGUACUUGCCACACUGUUACUAACAGCUCUGUGGCGUUAACCUUUUCUGAAUCUUUACAGUCAUGAUUACAUUAAUCUGCCUGUAACUAUUUUGUAUCAUACUGUUAUUUGUACCACUGUAUUGUAGAUUAUAAUCUGCGUGCAACUGGAUCCAGGAUUCUCCAGGUAGUGUAGGUAUAUAUUUUUACUGCAGUAUGUUCCAGCUCAGAAUCAAACCGAAUAAGUAAAUAGUAAUAUAUGUUGCAAGCUGGCAUCUUUUCCUUUGAUGUUAUUAGUUUGGUUUCCUUGCUGCUGAAACCUACUGGUUUAGUAUUGUCUUGUAUAUUAUUAAAAGAAUAUCACACUAAGGCCA